AUGGCCACAAAAGCCAUCAACGCAAAGAAAUACCUCCAGCUGCUCCUUCUUCAGGUCGCUCUUUUAGGGCCUGUCUUCUGCAGGAAGGUCUUGGUUUGGCCAACAGAAGGCAGCCACUGGCUGAAUGUGAAGAUCCUCAUAGAGGAGCUCAUCCGCCGCGGCCACAGUGUCACUGUCCUGGUGUCCAACGCCUCCCUCUUCAUUAAACCCCAGGCUGAGGCCGCAGAGAGGUUUGAGGUCUAUAACGUGCCCUUCGAGACAGACACCAUUGAGAACGUGAUUGGGGACAUGGUGGCGCUGUGGCUGAACAACAGACCAACCACCUUGACCUUCUGGCGGUUUUACAAGGAGUUGGGAAAGCUGUCCAAAAACUGGCACCGCAUGAACAGGCUGAUGUGCGAGGCGGUGCUAACCAACCCCGAGCUGAUGGCCCAUCUGCAGGGCUCUGGCUACGACCUGCUGCUGUCAGACCCGGUGACCCUCUGCGGCGACCUCGUGGCUCUCAAGUUGGCCAUCCCCUUCAUCUACUCGCUCCGCUUCUCCCCGGCCUCCACCAUGGAGAGGCACUGCGGGAAGAUCCCAGCUCCACCGUCCUACGUGCCUGCAGCCCUUUCAGAGUUCACCGACUGCAUGUCCUUCAGCGAGAGGAUAAAAAACAUCGUGUCUUAUCACCUGCAAGACUACGUUCUCCAGAGCUACUGGGGAGAAUGGGAUGACUACUACAGCAAGGUACUAGCUGACAACAGCCACUGGCUCAACAUGGAAAUCAUCCUCCAGGAACUCAUGGCCCGGGGCCAUGAAGUGACUGUGCUGAUGCCUUCGUGUUUCCUCGUCCUCAACUCCAUCCAGGCCUCACCUUUCCACUUUGAGGUGGUUGAGGUGCCAAUCACCCAAAAGGAGAUGGCUACCUUAUUAGACGAAGCUUUGUAUUUUUGGUUUUACCAGGAGAGAGAGCUACCCAUCUGGGAAAGUGUUUUCAAGUCGUUUCAAUUGGGAUACAACCUGAAGAACAUAACCAAAACCAUUUGCGAUGAAGUCCUGAAGAACAGAGCGCUGCUGGAGAGGUUGAGGGCUUCCAACUUCGAUGUCCUCUUUGCAGACCCACUGAUGCCCAGCGGGGAGCUGAUUGCCGAGAAGCUGGGUAUCCCCUUCGUGUACACCAUCCGGUUCUCCAUAGGCAACACGGUGGAGCGGCGCUGCGGGAUGCUCCCGGCGCCUCCGUCCUAUGUACCAGCCGCCAUGAGCCACCUAACAGAUAGGAUGCCCUUCCUGGAAAGGCUAAAAAACACCUUUAGCUAUGCUGUGCAGGACAUCUUAUUUCAUGACAUUCUCUGGCGAAGCUGGAAUCAAUACUACAGUGAUGUUUUAGGGAGGCCCACAACCCUGUGCGAAACGAUGGGGAAAGCAGAGAUCUGGUUAAUCAGAACAUACUGGGAUUUUGAAUUUCCACGCCCUUUCCUGCCCAACUUUGAGUUCGUAGGAGGACUUCACUGCCGGCCUGCAAAGCCGCUACCAGAGGAAAUGGAAGAGUUCGUUCAGAGCUCGGGGAAACACGGCAUUGUGGUGUUUUCUCUCGGGUCGAUGGUCUACAACCUAACUGAGGAAAAAAGUAACAUGGUUGCCAGUGCCCUCAGCCGGCUUCCACAAAAG